ACCGUGAUUCCCAAUGUCAUCCUCUUCAUUUUUUUGUUCUCAAUCACCAUCAUUUCUGCAAAUCCUGCGUGCAACAAAUUAGACGGAGCCUCUCUUUGGUCCUCUUUUAAUAUGCCAUCUUCUCGUUUGAAUUGGUCAUCUGACAAUUGCUGCAAAUGGGAAGGCAUCACUUGUGAUUCUGCUGGUCGAGUUAAACAGUUAUCGCUUCCCUCCAAAGGACUCAAACUCAAAGGAUUUUUCUCCUCAUCUUCACUUGGCAAUCUCACACAUCUCACGCUCCUCAAUCUCUCCCGCAAUUCACUCUAUGGUUCACUAAAAAACAUUGGAUUCAUUUCGUCUUUGAGUCGCCUUGAAAUCCUAGAUUUGAGCUAUAACUUUCUAUUUGGAGAACUACCAUUUUCUCUACCAUCCGGUAGUAUCCGGAGACUAGAUUUAUCUAGCAACCACUUUCAUGGUUCAAUUCCAUCUUCAUUCUUCCAACAAACUUCGAAUUUGACCAGUUUUAAUGUCAGUAACAACACCUUCUCAGGUUCUAUCCCACCCUCUAUUUGUCUUCCUUCAAUUCCCUUGAUACAACUAUUGGACUUUUCCUUCAAUGAUUUCAAUGGUAGUGUUUCCGGUGGGUUAGGAAAAUGUUCGAAACUACGAAUUUUUCGUGCUGGUUAUAAUAAGCUCUCAGGAGUACUCCCAGAUAUUAUUUAUAAUGCAACCAGGCUUGAAGAAAUUUCAUUACCUCAAAAUUCACUAUAUGGAGAGAUUAGUGAAAGAAUUGUCAACCUUGCUACUCUCAAAAUCCUCGACCUCAAUUCUAAUGCAUUCAGUGGCAUGCUCCCUCUAAGUAUUGGUGAGCUAUCCAAAUUGAAAGUCUUACUCCUUCAUUUCAACAAACUAAAAGGUUCUUUGCCCUUGUCUUUGAUGAAUUGCAUCAACCUGAUAGAAUUAAGUCUGGGAUACAACAAUUUUGAAGGUGAUAUUUCAGCGCUUAACUUCUCCAAACUUAAGCGGCUGACUAAACUAGAUCUGGUGAGCAAUCACUUCACCGGUAUCAUUCCGAGAAGCCUUUACUCAUGCAAGUCCCUGAAAGCAAUUCGGAUUAGCUAUAACAAGCUAGAGGGAGAAAUACAUCCUGAUAUUCGGUCGUUGAAAUCAUUGUCGUUCUUGUCCCUUGGUCACAAUAGAUUGACCAAUAUCACAGGGGCAAUGACGCUACUGAUGCAUUGCAAAAGCCUAGUCUUCCUUGCCUUUCCAGGUACCUUUGUAGGCGAGGAAAUGCCAGAUUAUCUUGGCAUGGGUGAUUUUGAUGGGUUCCAAAACCUUCGAUUUUUAUCUCUCGUCGAUUGUGAGCUCAGUGGUCAUAUACCUACAUAUUUUUCUAAGCUCAAAAGGCUAGAGCUCUUGUAUAUUGGAAACAAUAGAUUAACAGGGUCAAUUCCUAGUUGGUUGGGGAAUCUUCCAAGACUCUAUUCUAUCGACUUGUCAUCCAACCUCCUCUCAGGUGAGUUUCCCAUGGAACUUUGUAGACUGCCAAGAUUGGUAUCCAAGGGAGCUGCAGCUCAAGUAGAUGGUGGUGAUGAUCUUGAAUUACCUCUAUACUCGGUCCAGGGUACAUCAGUUUUACAAUACAAAUGGUCCUACUUUCCUCUAGGUAUAAGUAUAAGAAAUAAUACCAUUAGUGGGAGCAUCCCUAUUGAGAUUGGUCAAUUACAGCUUCUCCACUACCUGGACCUUGGCAACAAUAAAAUGACGGGUAGCAUUCCAGACCAAGUAUCUAAUCUGAAGAGCUUGGAGGACUUGGAUCUCUCCAUGAAUCAUUUGUCCGGAAAAAUCCCAUCAUCAAUUACAAAGCUUACUUUCCUGAACUUCUUGAAUGUGUCAUACAAUAAUCUGGAAGGUUCAAUACCAACAAGCACCCAGCUCCAAAGCUUCAAUUCUUCUGCAUUUGAGGGGAAUAAAAAUCUUUGUGGUGCUCCACUUCCAAAUGAGUGCCUAGGGAUCAAAGACAAGGACGCUAACAGCCGAGACGAUGUGGGUAAUGAUGACGAAAGUGAUCAAGUUCCAUGGCUUCAUAUAUUCGUUGCUCUUGGGUUCAUAGUUGGAUUUUGGGGAGUAUUUGGCCCUCUGGUGCUUAAGGAGAACUGGAGGUAUGCAUAUUUCAGUUUUGUAGACACGGUUUAAGAAUCUGUGUAUGGCUAAGCUGCAGAAAAGGCUUGUAAGCUUAGAAUAUUAUACUCUUCUUCUUUCUUAUUUGUAUUUAGUUUCCAAAAAACAAAUAUUGAGAAAACCCUA